AUGAAUACCGUAAAUUUGUUAGAAGUAAAGGAAGGUAAAUUCCCUAUAGGUCACCCUGACAUUUUUGUUGGGGACGAGUUUAGGCAAUUAACCGGGGAGAAUAACUGUUUAAGUAUGGUCGAGGGAUUAGUAAAAUGUCGAAUCCUGCCUCCACGUGAUUUAUUUCUACCAGUACUACCUGUGCGAGUGCACAAACGUCUAAUGUUCCCGCUUUGUCAAACAUAUUGCGAGAAUUUAGAACAGGAAGAUUGUAACCACGAGCGUUUAGAAGAUAGAGAACUUACAGGCACUUGGGUAUCGGAGGAGUUGAAAAAAGCCGUUAGAUUAGGUUAUAAAAUUACUGUCAUAUAUGAAAUAUGGCAGUACAAAGUUAAACAGUAUAAUCCAGAAAAGAAUGAACCAGGCUUAUUUGUUGAUUAUAUAAAUACUUUUUUUAAAUUAAAACAACAAGCUUCUGGAUACGCCAGUGACUGUAAAUUUGGCCAGCGAGAAAACAUGGGUGUUACAGAAGUUAUAAAUGAUCAGGUUAAGCUUAUUGAAAUUUUGCAGUUAUCUGAUAGAGCCUUAAAAAACGUAUUACCUGUCAAUCAGGAAACUUUUUAUAUCAAUUGGGCUUACACGGACGAUAAUUAUAAACCAUCAUCUGUAACAAACGUUAGUAUAGCCGCUUAUACUACGGCUCUGGAUAGGCUAAAAUUAUACUCCUAUUUAGAAAAACUUUGCAAGAGAGUGCUGUAUUACGACACCGACUCUUGUAUAUACAUAAAUAAAAAUACCCCUGGAGAGUACAAGGUACCUACACGGUGUUUCUUAGGUGACAGGACUGAUGAACUUGAAAGUUGUGGUAUAAAAGUUAUAUAG